AUGGGAAGAGAUAAAUCACAAAUUAUUGGUCCAAAUGGUGAAACUUAUCAUCCUACAUUAAAAAUUGAUUUACAUAAUGAUCCUAAGAAAGAUGCUGAAGAACUUUAUCAAGCAAUGAAAGGAUGGGGAACUGAUGAGCAUCGUAUCAUCAAAGUUUUGGGUUAUCGUAAUUCUUAUCAACGAAUGGAAAUACGAGAUACUUUUAAAGCAAUGUAUGGAAAGGAUUUAAUAGAUGAAUUGUGCAGUGAAACAAGCGGUGAUUUUAGAAGACUACUUAAAAUGCUUUUAACUGAUAUAGAUAAAGUUGAUGCACGUGCAUUAUACAAAGCAAUGAAAGGUGGAGGAACUGAUGAAGAAACAAUUAUUGAAGUUUUAUGCACAGCAAGCAAUAUUGAAAUUGAAAAUAUUAAACAAGCUUAUCUAUCUGUUUUAAGGGAUUAUGGAAUCAGUGAUCCCAGUAGAACAUUAGAAAGUGAUGUACAAAGUGAUUUGGGCGGCUACUUACAACAGCUCGUCGUUGCAUUGCUUCAAGCUAAACGUGAUGAAAUUCCAUUUGAAGAUGUUGAAAAAAUUAGUAAAAAAGGAUUGAAAAGUGUAGUUGAUAUGAGUCAAGUUGAACAAGAUGUUGAAACAUUAUGGGAUGCUGGUGAAGCGCAUCUAGGAACUGAUGAAGAAGCUAUCAUUAGGAUUGUAUGCGGUCGAAGUGUUUGGCAUUUACAAGAGGUUUCUCAUCUGUUUGAAAAGAAAUAUGGUAAAACAUUGGUCGAUUCAUUGGCAUCUGAGACAUCUGGAGAUUUUGAAAGCGCUCUAUUAUUAAUCCUAAAUACUUGUUUAAAUCGUCCAAAAGCUUAUUCCGAUUUAUUGGUGAAAGCAAUGAAAGGUGCCGGUACCGAUGAUUGUACCCUAAUGCGUAUUAUUGUGACAAGAUGUGAGUUUGAUUUAGGAAGUAUUUGUAUAGAAUUUCAAAAAAGUCAAGAUAGUUCACUUGAAGAUUGGAUACGUAAUGAAACAUCUGGUGAUUAUCAACGACUUCUAUUAGCCUUGCUUGAUGCUGAAUGGCAAUAAAGAAGAAUCAGAUAGAGGAAUAUUUUGUCAAACAAACAAAAAAAGAAACCCAAUUCAAUAUAACAAAGUUCAAUGUUUAAAGAAAUGCUUUCUGUUUGUUAAUUGAAUUCAUUAAAAGUUAUUUAUUUUAUCCUUUAACAAUCAUCCUGCUUCAUGAGUAUUUCAUUAACAAUACUUUAAAAUAUAAAAUGUAACCGAUGAAUGCUUAAUGUAUAUAUGGGAGUUAGAAAGAGAAGCCUUGUCAUGGGGUCUCAGUGGGUUAAAAUUCCGAUGUUACACAAGAAUCUACUGAUUAUAAUUAAGUAGUAAGAUAUAUUUAGAUAAAAUGUAUAUUCAUAAAUAAGUUUGAAUCUUAGAUUAGAGACCGCUAAAUUCAGUCUAGGGUGUGCAAUACUAGGACGAAACGGCUGUCCAGU